AACAACACAAUUAUUCGGACACUUUUUUCGAUUAAAAGUGUGGCAGUGUUUUCUCAAAAAUGAAAUCAAUUUUAUUAAUUUUAUUAGUGCUUGAUGUUGUGAUGUGUUUAAGGUGCCGACCAUGCGAGCCUGAUCUUUGUCCUCCACGUCCUCUAUGUAACGGAGGUUACGUGAAAGGAAUAUGCGGCUGCUGCGACACAUGCGCUAAAGUUGAUGGAGAAGAAUGCGGUGGCUUAUGGAAUAUGUAUGGAAAAUGUGAUGUUGGCUUUGUUUGCGCUCAAGUGAAACGACAUACAAAAGGUGUAUGUGUUUCAGUCAAAAAGAAAUCCAACAACAAGGAAAACACAUGUGCUUUAAAACCAGAGACUGGACCAUGUAGAGCAGCAAUUAAAGCUUGGUACUACGACUACAAAACUGAUACUUGCAAACGAUUUGUUUACGGUGGUUGCGGAGGAAAUACAAAUCGAUUCAGAGAGAAAAAGAUGUGUCAAAAAACAUGCUAUGCUUAACAAUAAAUUAUUAUUAUACAAUAUUUUAGUAUUAAUUUAUGACUUUGCUUUAAUAGUAACUUUAGAUAAUAACAUAUGUUAAGUUUUUUAAAUUUUUUUUCUUAUUCCUA